CCUGUUGCUGAGCAAUUUUAUAAGGUUUAUAUAAUACUCAUCAGUACAAAUACAAAGUUUACAUAGUAGUAUUUACCUAAACAACAAAUUGUUUAUAUGAGUUAUUAUUUCAGGAUCACCGGAUAAGAUAUUCAUAUACUGGACGUUUGUAAGGAUACUAUAUUUACACCUUUAAAGAACAGGCUUAACUACAGGAGAUAUUUUAAAAAGAUUAUGGAAAUUUUUCAUUUGAAACCUCAAGAUGUCAGUAAAGUCGGGGGAACCAUAGUUAAACCAUUAGAAACUGGCCUUCCAAGAAUGUUAAAGUUAGCCGUAGGACCGCAUCGUCAACAAACAAUUCUCUUCCCAACAGUGGACCAUGUAUUUAUGAAAACGUAUGAUGUGCUUGAUGUACAGUCGAAACAUGAUGGAUCACUACAAGUACCAUUUGAACCGCAAUCAUCUGAUCCAUGUGCUGGAAGGAUAACAAGACAGGAAUUUGACUAUUUCAUAGAAUGCUGUCAAGAGAACGGUUGUAUAUUUUCAAAGGACAACAGAAAUUCUUCAAAAUAUGAACAACAAGCCCUAUAUACAUAUGGUUUAGACCACUGGCAACACUUAGGCAGAGGAUAUGAAUUUACGAUUUCCAGCAACUACAAAACGUUAGAAAUCGUGUCUAAUAGGUUCAAUGAAGAGAAGGAGAUUUACGAAGUAAACUGGAGUCUGUGUUUAACAUUUCAACAAAUACACGACUUAUUAAAUAAUAUAUGGCUCAUCACGGAGCCUUUGACACUGGCCGAGAAAAACUGCCUAUCUACUUUACAUGACGAUCAUCUGAAUCAAAUGGGCAUGUGGUCAUGCAACGUUUGCCAAUUCAUUAACCGCAGGACAGUUUUUGAUAAAGCACUUAAUGACCAAUAACACUAUGCUUGCCUUUUUAAAGCAUUUGUAUGUUACCUUAGCUAUGUGUGUAGGUCAUUUUUGUAUCAGACAAUAGACAUGUUUUUUAGAAUAUUAUUUGAAUAAACAUACAUAUGUAAUGACGAC